CCGAGCGGGCAAAACUUCGUACAUGUCAUACAGAAAUAUGUUCGGUUAAAUUUGCAAAACCAAACCACGGGUCUCUCCUUCAAAUAAAACUAGUUUUAUAACACCGACUUACAAAGUCAAUUAAGUACAGACAAUUAAUCUGGGUACUUGUGUCGUCUUUGUCUCGUGGUUUAACACGUAAGGGUCUCACAAAAUAUUCUCCAGAGUAACAUAUUUACCGUGAUUUGGACCUCGUUUUUAUAUAACUCGUACUAUCAACUACCAAGAUAGCUCAUCCCACAGUUUCCAACCUUGUAAGGUCAAUGAGUAGCAGAAUGUCACCUAUUAAGUUGAACUUGAUCGUCGCAUGUGACUCCAAAAUGGGAAUCGGGGUCAAAAAUGAUCUUCCCUGGCGUCUACGAAAAGAAAUGAACCACUUUAACCGAAUGACAACGGGUGAUUCUUAUGAUUUGGCGAAACACCCGGGUUCGGAGAACAAACGGAACGUGGUUUUAAUGGGGAGAAAGACGUAUGAAUCGAUCCCGGAAAAGUUUAGACCAUUGAAAAAUCGGUUGAAUGUUGUGCUGAGCAGAGAUACGGAAAUUUCACCCCAUGAAAAUAUGGUUGCCUUCAAAAGCUGGGAAGACGCGAUGAAAUACCUGGAAAAGCCACAAAUUCAAGAAGAGAUCGAUCAAGUUUGGGUAGUUGGAGGGAGCCACAUUUAUAAAAUGGCAAUGGAAUCCCCAUUUUUAUACAGGAUAUAUUUGACCAAGCUUGCGAAAGAGUUUGAUUGUGAUACUUUCUUCCCAGAAUUUGAUCCAGCUGAAUACAAAUUGGUCACUGAUCCGAAAGUGUCUCAAGAGGAACAGGAAGAAGACGGCAUUCGCUAUACGUUCUACGUUUAUGAAAAAUUGUAAAGUGCGAAUAAUGAAAAAUAUGGACAUUUCUUUCGACACUAUUUUAUUGUCUCUCUACAUACCGUCUGGAUAAAUUAUAAAUUAGUCCUAUUUUCAUCUUCAUAAUUUCAAAUAAGAAAUCAUAAAUAAAUACAACAAUAUCAAUGGAAAACGA